AUGGAGACCCAGGACAGACCCACACCCUCUGGCAAUGGGGGGUCUUCAGGGGACAACAAUCAUUUGUUGAUAAAAGCCGUUAAAGAAGACGACAUGGAGCUGGUCAAGCAAUUGCUGGAAGGAGGGGCCGAUGUCAAUUUCCAGGAAGAGGAAUGGGGCUGGUCCCCUCUGCAUAAUGCAGUACAAAUGAACAAUGAGGACAUGGUGGAUCUUCUGCUUCGCUAUGGUGCUAACCCUUGUCUGAGGAAGAGGAAUGGGACUACUCCCUUCAUUGUCGCUGGGAUUGUGGGAAAUGUGAGGCUGCUCAAACUUUUCCUUUCAAAAGGCGCAGAUAUCAAUGAGCGGGAUCUUCAUGGCUUCACAGCUUUCAUGGAAGCCGCUGUGUAUGGUAAGGUCGAAGCCUUAAGAUUCCUGUAUGAGAACGGAGCAGAAGUAAAUUUGGGUCGAAAGACAAUGGAGGACCAAGAGAGGCUUAAGAAAGGAGGGGCCACAGCUCUCAUGGAUGCUGCUAAGAAUGGACGGGUAGAUGUCUUGAGGAUCCUUCUCGAAGAGAUGGGGGCAGAUGUCAAAGCUCGUGACAACAUGGGCAGAAAUGCUUUGAUCCAUGCUCUUGUGAACCCUGAUGACAGUAAUGUGGUGGCCAUCGCUCGCCUUCUGUUGCACCAUGGGGCCGAUGUCAAUGUGAGGGGAGAAAAAGGGAAGACGCCCCUGAUUCUGGCAGUGGAAAAGAAGCACUUGAUUUUGGUACAGACGUUUCUGGAACAAAAACAUAUAGAGAUUGAUGACACAGACAGGGAGGGCAAAACAGCACUGCUGUGGGCUGUCGAACUCAAUCUGGCGGAAAUUGCCAAGUUGCUGUGUGACAAAGGAGCCAGCACGGAUUGUGGGAACCUUGUUAUGUUAGCGAGGCGCAAUUACAACAGUUCCCUUGUAAAGUUUCUUCUCCAACAUGGAGCCAGAGAAGAUUAUCACCCUCCUGCUGAAGACUGGGAGCCUCAGAGCUCACACUGGGGGCCGGCCCUGAAACAUCUCCACAGGAUAUACCGCCCAGUGAUCGGCAGACUCAAGAUCUUUAGGGAUGAAGAAUAUAAAAUCGCUGACAGUUCAGAAGGAGGCAUCUACCUGGGGUUCUAUGACGAGCAAGAGGUAGCUGUGAAGCGAUUCUCUGAAGACAGCAGUCGUGGACAAAAGGAAGUCUCCUGUCUGCAGAGCAUCCGCGGGAACAGCAACUUGGUGACAUUCUACGGGCAUGAGAUCCACAAGGGCUGUCUGUAUGUGUGCACCUCCCUCUGCGAGCAGACGCUGGAGAGGCAUUUGGCCGAGCACAGAGAGGAGGCUGUGGAAAACGAGGAAGAUGAGUUUAGCCGAAACAUCCUCUUAUCUAUAUUUAAGGCCGUGGAGUGUAUCCUGUCAUGUGGAUACACUCACCAGGAUCUACAGCCACAAAACAUCUUAAUAGAUUCCAAGAACGCUGUUCGUGUGGCAGAUUUUGAUAAAAGCAUCAAGUGGGCUGAAGAGCCAGAGCAAGUCAUGAGCGAUCUAGAGGCCCUUGGACGGCUGGUCCUAUAUGUGGUAAGGAAGGGAGACAUCCCUUUUGAGACGCUGAAGACUCAAAGCAAUGAAGAAGUGAUUACAUUGUCUCCAAAUGAAGAAAUUCAGCACCUCAUUCAGCAGCUGUUCAAUCCUGGGGAAAAUGUGGAAAACCUUCUGAGUGACCUGCUGGGUCAUCCUUUCUUCUGGAGUUGGGAGAGCCGCUAUAGGACCCUUAGGAGUGUGGGAAAUGAAUCCGACAUCAAAAAGAAAAAAAAAAUCAAAGAGCCAAAAGGACAGAACCAAGUACUCAGUAUCCUCCAACUACUGCAACCUGGACCCUUAGAACCUUUCAGAAGUUUUGAUGAGUGGACCUCGGAGAUUGACGAAGACAUAUUGGAAGGAAUGAAUUCGUUUUAUAAAAACAAACCCUAUUUAAAAUAUUGGGACACUGUGGGUGAUUUGCUAAGGUUCAUCCGGAAUUUGGGGGAACACAUUGAUGAAGAAAAGAAUAAAUGGAUGAAGUCGAAAAUUCAAGACCCUCCCCGGUAUUUUCAGGAGAAAUUCCCUGAUCUGGUCAUCUACGUCUAUAAGAGACUACAGAACACAGAAUAUGCAAAGCAUUUCCCCAAAAUUCACAAUGAACACAGGCCCCAGUGUGAUGCGGGCAAUGGUGGCCAGGAGGCUAGCCGGCUCUGAGUGCCGACUGAGCCUUCUGAGGUCCUUAUUAGCUGUGUGAUCCUGGGCAAAUCACAGCUCUCUGGGCCUCUUAACCAACCUGGUUGCCUGUGAGGGAUGAGUUGGAUGGAUAAUGUCAGUUCCUGGCAAUGUGUCAGGCAGUCCCUACAUGUUUAUAUAUAUACAAAAGU